GGAAGAGUCGUUCUUGCGAUCGCAUAACUCGGGUAAAUAGGGAAAUUUACUACACGAAUGGGACUCGGUUCGGGCCACGUGCCGCUCAGGACCGCCGCCCGUUGGGUCGCAACACUGGAAGGAAAUUCUCCGUCCACAAGCAACGGAAAAGGCACCAUCCAAGGGAAUUGGCGCAAAAAUCAUUAUCCCUCAUCCAGCACCCGGUGUACCCUCCUUCACCUUUUACCGACCUCCGAUGCUCUAAACCCCUUGGGCGUCUACUUCGCAUCGUCUAGUAUCUGCACCGUCAAGCUUUUGCUGCAUUGGGGUCUCAUGUCCGUCUAGGCAUUCAACAGUGGAACCAGCGGCAACUUCCGCCUCGGAGAUAUUCACGAUGGGUUGCUUUACUUCUGCUUUACUCUCAAUUCCCCUCCUGACUUACUCGUUCAUCCUCAUUUUACUUACCCCUCUUUUGCCCGCG